AUGCGGUGGCCAAACGCCCACCGUUCUGGACGCCGAAAAGGACCGCAUCGGAGCGGCGCGGGAACUUGCCGCUUCGCCGCCUCGCACAGCAGCGACGAACGCGUCUCAGCAACGCCGCAUUUGCUCGCUGGAAGGAGCGGUGCUCCCGACCGGAGCCGGCGGAGGCGGCAAGCUGCGGCCUCGCCGAGGCAGUCUACGUCCGCGCGCCGCCGGUUCGCCGGUUGCGGCGGCGGAUGUCCAACCCACCGCCACAAAGGAGCGCGUCGGCACCUUGGCGCGAGUGUGCGCCGCCACGUCCGAUUUCCCUUUGCGGAGCUCGACCCUGCAUUGCGGGAGAUGUGUCUCCGGAGUGCGCCGGGGCUUGGUGCGCUUCACUGCGAGGCCCUGCACCAACUGCACCUCGCCGCCUGCAAGGAACUCGCGGCCGCGUUCAACAGGAGCAUCGGCGACGGUGGCGCUCCGGCUUCCCGGGAAGUGGGCAUUGCAAUUGUCCCGCUCCUCAAGCCUGGGAAGCCGGGCAAAUGA